GAUAGUAAAUAAUCGUUAAACAUUUUAUAAAACUUACAUUACGUUAUGAAAUAUUGAUCGGGAAGUAUACUUGGCUAUUAAAAAAGUAAAAUAAAAAUGGAAUUCAACUUCAAAGAUAAAGUAGUGAUUGUGACUGGUUCCACUUCCGGAAUAGGCGCUGCUGCUGCCCUUAAGUUUGCUAAUUUAUACGCAAAAGUGGUCAUUGUGGGAAGAAACGAAGAGAGAUUGAAGGCAGUCAAAGAACAAGUCAAGAACGCCAAAGGUAUUGAACCUUUAGCUAUAAAAGCUGACGUGGCUAACGAUGCUGAUGUUAAGAAAAUAGUCGAACAAACAAUUGAAAGGUUUGGUCGCAUCGACGUGCUAGUCAACAACGCUGGAGUUGGAGGCUUUUCAUCUUUAGAAGAUGGUAUUGAACCAUUUGACAAAAUUAUAUCGACGAAUCUUCGCAGCGUUUAUCUACUCACUGGACUUGUUACACCAUAUUUGAAGAAAACGAAAGGAAACAUUAUUAACAUAUCAAGCUUGGCAGGUUUGAAACCUGUGCCAGAAUUUCUGGCUUAUUCGGUUUCAAAAGCGGGACUAGACAUGUUUACGAAGUGUCUCGCUAAAUCUCUGGCUCCUGAUGGAAUAAGAGUGAACUCAGUUAACCCAGGACCGGUAACGACUAAUUUCCAAACAACUUCAGGGAUGUCUAAGCAGCAAGAAGAUGAAUUUUACAAGAACAGAACGGAAAAAAGUCCCUUCAACAAAAUUGCGACUGCAGAUGAAGUAGCAGAUCUGACUGUAUUCCUUGCAAGCGAUAGAGCUGGUAGCAUCACAGGUAGCCUCCAUCUUAUUGAUAAUGGUCUUAUGAAUGCGCCAUACUAAUCUUUAUUCAUAUUGAUUAAAGACGAGAAUAAAGUUAUUUAAUGUU